GUAUAAAUGUAGCUGACGAUUACAUCAAGAUCUACUUUAGUUUUUGCAAGCCAUACAAGAGCAUUACAUUUAAUAGUUAAAUAGACAGACGUAUUAAUAGUGAAAAAAGAAAGUUUUAAAAGAAAAAUUAAAACAAAUAAAAUGUUUAAAAAAGUGAUAACAAUAUUAAUUUUUUUAUUUGUGGGUAUAAUAAAUGGAUUACCUCCUGGAGUUAAGCCUAUUGAGAAUAAGAAGUCGCACAACGAAGGACCUUUCAUACAGCCAGAAGUUAUAACAAUUGAACGUUUGGAAGCGCUGUUGAGAAAAGCUAGCGAAAUAUUCAAACCCACAAAUCUUCAACGCUCUGAUGCGCCAACAGCAGAGAUCCAACAAGUCGCCGUACCCAUACAAUUUAUGCAGCCUCCUGCUAAUCAGCCCUUUAACUUUUAUUUACCACUCUUUGAUUACGAUGAAAGCGAUGCUCAACACACCAAACUUGAUGAAAAAAGCCGUAAAAUGGAACAUUUUACACCACCGCCUCCGCCUAAAGAGGGCGAAAGUCAAGAAAACUUUUAUGAUGUUAAGCCCAAGAAAGCAUUACCAAAAAAGUUUAAUUCAUCUGCCAAACACAUCAAUAUCAAAUGGUUGAAUGCAUAUGAAAAGCAAUUAUCUUCCCCCAGCAAUAAACAAUCGGUUAAUGUUCCCAAAGAUGUAUACCUUAUAAACGAUGAACGUAAUCGUAUAAAUUUUGACGAUACAUUCUUUGCGGUAGACAUGAAAGUACCCGACCGAACCAAUAAAUUAGAUAAAUCUACGUCAGAAGUCGAGAACCAAAAUGAUGAUUACAACAGUCAAGGAGAGGAGGAUUUAAUAGCAGCUGCUGCUCUACAAAUACCAUUAAUAACACAAUUUACAAAUUUAAGAAGAUUUUAAACUAGAGUAUUUAGUAUUUAAAACCGAGCUUAAUAAGUCAAUAAAUAAAUAAAUUAAUUAAAUGUA